UGUCUUGCGGUCUGGCCUUAUCGUGCAAGGUUUGUUCCCCUCCGCCGCUCUCAGAUCCUGGACGCAUUCCUUAGCGUCGCUUCGACGUCGUCCAACGAAAAUCGAAGUCUCCAACUUAGAUGUUGUUUGAUGGAACAAGAGGCUUCAAAACUCCCAUUACCAGACGCUUUCCUUGCAUUUCUGGGGGCGAAUGGGCUUGACCCUUCAAUUUAUACGACUCUUGAGUCUACUCCGCGAUACAUUCGUUUGAAACCUAAUUGUGAAGCAUAUCUCGAAGAGUUUGAAGUAGAGAUGAACUGUAAGCUCCAGAGAGUAGACUGGCUGCCAGGGUUUUAUUCUCUUCAUUCCAAUUUACAGAUUGCUAACUCAAAGGCAUAUCAGGAAGGCAAGAUAUAUGGAAUCGAUGCAUCUUCCGGAGCUGCUGUUGCGGCUUUAAAUGUAUCAGCCGGAGACCACGUUCUUGACCUAUGUGCUGCUCCUGGUGCUAAACUUUGUAUGAUAUUAGACCUUCUUGGGGAUUCAGGAUCUGUUACUGGAGUAGAUGUUGCAAGACAUCGUUUAGCAGCAUGUAGAAAAAUGCUUCAGAAGUAUAAUCUGGGUGAUCGAUGCCGGCUUUUUGUUGCUGAUGGAGCAACAUUUUCGCUUAUUCCUGCAGGAUUCUGUUCAGAUAAUAUAUCAUGUGAAUCUGUAUUGGCAGAAAAAUCAGAAGUAUUCAAGGAGUGGACAUCUAGAAGAACAUGGAAGGAGAGGAAGAAGGCACGAAAAAGUGGAAAACCACCGCUGGUCUCUGGGUCUCAACCUCCUGAACUCAUUUAUUAUGGGCGGCAUUCUGGAGUUUUUGGACUUACGAAAGAAGAUCUAUUUAAAAAUGCAUCUGACAGAAAGAUUGUGAACCAUGGCUAUGACAAGGUCCUUGUGGAUGCAGAGUGCACCCAUGACGGUUCAGUCAAACAUAUCCAGAAGUUUGAACAUUGGGGCUGGAAAACUCUUGAACGCCGUGUUCUAGAUGCAGAUAGGACUGAUGACUUGUUUGCUCUUCAGUUGAGUCUUCUAACCAAUGGUUUCAGACUUCUAAAAGUUGGAGGAUCACUUGUCUACAGCACUUGCAGCUUAACUACUGCUCAGAAUGAAGAUGUGAUAGAGCAAUUUCUAAAGGAAAAUAUAUCUGCUGAAUUGCAGGAUAUAGAAGCCGCCAGAAGUUGGCCUUGUAAGGGUGGUCGGAUACAAAAGACAUACCGUUUCGAUCCAUCAACAUCUCAAACUAGUGGACUCUUUGUGGCAAAAUUUGCAAAAUUGGCCCUUUAAUUUUCUCGACUCCCUCAUAGGAGACAAUCUUUUAAUUGCUAGACAGUAUUAGCUUACAUGCCUGAACAAAUACAGAAAAACCUAUUAUUAUUAUUAUUAUUAUUAUUAGGAGGAGGACUGAAUUAUAGUGAUUAAAUUUUGAAGGUUGCGUGACUGACUGGUCAUGACCCAUGGAAACAAUAUACUA